CUUGGUGUGCAAGCUUAAUACAAGGACAACUAUAUUGGCUGCAACAAAUCCAAAAGGCCACUAUGACCCUAAUGAAUCUGUCUCAGUCAACAUAGCUCUUGGCAGCCCUCUGCUGAGCAGAUUUGACCUGGUCUUAGUACUGUUAGAUACAAAGAAUGAAGAAUGGGACCGCAUCAUUUCAUCUUUCAUCUUGGAAAAUAAAGGUUUUCCAAGCAAAUCAGAAAAGCUGUGGAGCAUGGAGAAGAUGAAGACCUACUUCUGCCUCAUAAAGAGCCUGCAGCCGAGGCUGUCAGAGGAGAGCCACGCGGUGCUUGUGCGCUACUACCAGCGGCAGCGGCAGAGCGGCGCCCGCAGCGCCGCGCGCACCACCAUCCGCCUGCUGGAGAGCCUCAUCCGCCUCGCCGAAGCUCAUGCCCGGCUGAUGUUCAGAGAUACGGUGACUUUGGAGGAUGCUGUGACCGUGGUGUCGGUGAUGGAAUCUUCCAUGCAGGGGGGAGCCCUGCUGGGAGGCAUCAAUGCCCUGCACACCUCCUUUCCCGACAACCCCACGGCUCAGUACCGGACCCAGUGCCAACUCAUCCUGGAGCAACUGGAGCUGCAGAAUCUUCUGCACGAAGAGCUGCAAAGACUCGACAGAUUACAGAAAGACUCAUGCCAGCAACAGCCUGAUGAGACGAGUUUCCAUACUACUCCAAGACCCUUGAACAAGGAGGCAUGUGGGGAGCCAAAGCAAGUAUGUGAGUCAGAACCUUCAGAUCAGCAAGAGAAGCUACAGUCUUCCUUGGACAAAGGCAAAUGUGGAGGGGAAACACAUCUAGAACCCUUAUGCAACCCGGCAUCUGGUAAUGGCAGAAACACAAAACACCUGAUGAAGCCUAGUAAGGAAGGUGGUGAUGGCAGCCUGGCCUGGUUUGACAGCUUGGAAGAGAACAGCAAUGACGCUGAAGGAACUUUGCAGAAAAGGUCUCCAUUGCUCAAGACAGCUCCAGGUGACUUGGCUUCCAAACCCCUGAGUGAAAAAUCCUACUCAGGAGAAAGAAAUGCCUCAAUGCCAAGCAAUGGGGGUGGAAUGAGAGAAUCACCAACAACUGUGAGUCUUCAUGCUCAUUUGGAACAGGACAAAGUUCCCAAGAUAAGCAGGAAAAGGACUGAAGAACGUGAAUGUUUUUCUUCAGAAGCAAGUAUUGAAGACCCAGCAUCUCCCAGGGUGAGCGUGCAGGACUCGGUUAUUACACAGCAUGUUUCUAAGAGGUGGCAGAGGCUGCACACAGAGAGAUCACGUGGGUUCUUUACAAGCACACAGGACCCCAAGGCCCCGGUGCUUCCUUCAGUGCUGUCUGCAUCUGGCCUGCUAGAUCUGUCAGGUGAUGUGGAUCCUGUGUUAGAGGAGGAAGAGAACAGCAAAUCUGCAACAGCAAAAAAGGCAAUAAUUUCCCUGAGAAAACGAAAUAAAGAUGAAGCAGUGAAGGAAGCAAAGGUAGUAAGUUCCUGUGAGCUAGAAAUCAUGGACAGAGAAGGACCUCCAGCAGCUAAACUAGCUAAAUUUUCUUUCAGACCAAGGACAAGACUUGGUCAUUCCUCUGAGAAGGAGUGCAGGCUUUUACAGAGUGAAGCUAUUAAGCCUGGAGAGCAGCUCCAGGGAGAGCAUCUGGGGGAAGAACAUUGCUCCUCUGAGAAAUGCAAACCAAAGUCAACUUGCUUAGGAAAAAAUAAUUUGGAAAAGGAACCUACUGAUAAUACUGGGAAAGGGGAGCAGCAGUGUAAGGCCCUAAGAAAAGAGAUGAGAGGAAGUGCAGUAAUGCACUCAGAUGUCAGUUUUGAUGCUGCAUCACUUCUACCCGCUGAAAAGAAGAGGGAGGGAGAGGAGCAAGCUGGUGGCUCGAGCACAGAGAAAGUGUGUUCCAGCACAUUAGCAAAACUGUCCAGGUUCUCCUUUGCAUCACGCCCUGAAUCAAAAUCUGAGAACCCUCCUGCAGGGGAGACUGACAGGAACAACACGGGAAGCCAUAGCCCAUUGCGGAAGGUGCCCGUGAGCAAUCCCAGCAAAAGGAGGAGUUUUGCCUUGGGAAAUGCCAGCGACACCAGCAUGGUCACACGAAAAUCUCUCUUCUCAAUAGCAGAGCUAGAUGAUGCCACAUUAGAUUUUGAUUGGGAUGAAGAGAUUAGGAAAAACCCAAGAUCAUAACAUG